AUGUUCUGUAAGAGUUGGCUACUGGUUUGUCUCCUCAUCCUACUUAAUGUUGUAUUGCUGUAUUUCACGGCUUCUACCCUCGAAAGAAGAAAGGGGCAGAAGGUGGCGAAACAAAUAGGGAACUACCAUGUUGCUCAAAAUUACAGAUUUAUCCUCGACCAGCCAGAGAAGUGUGAACAACAGAAGCCCUUUGUGGUGGUUAUCGUUCCCGUGGCUCCGGAGAACUUCGAGGCCCGUAAAGCCAUCAGGAUAACGUGGGGAAGCGAGAAGCUCGUCCAGGACAGAGUGGUGCUGGUUCUGUUUCUUCUGGGCUCGCGAAGUGGUAACGAAACACUGCAGGAGCAACUCCAGAAUGAGAGCCAGCAGUACCAAGACCUUCUGCAGAGCAACUUUCAGGAUUCCUACAGGAAUCUGACCAUUAAAACCAUGGUGAUGAUGGAAUGGCUCAGCAAAAAGUGUCAACAGGCGUUCUAUGCGGCGAAAGUGGACGCCGACGUGCUCCUCAACAUGAACAACCUGAUACAAAUGCUUGUGAGUCUGAAAAAACUACAACAUAACUACAUUACCGGCCUAGUAUUGUCUGGCAACAGUGUCUUGAGAGAUCCAUCCAACAAGUUUUAUGUUCCUCACGAUGUAUAUCCUAAAUCCAGAUAUCCUCCAUAUCCUCUGGGAAUGUGUUAUAUCUUUUCUAUGGACUUGCCGGAGAAGAUCCUACAAGUCUCGAGGCAUAUUAGACCUAUUUUUAUUGAGGACGCAUAUCUGGGCAUGUGCUUGAAGCAUUUGGGAAUUACUCCUAAGAAACCACCAAAUAUCAGGAAGUUUGUGGUCAAACCACCGCCUCAAUUCAAUCGCUGUUACUAUUCUGGACUGAUAGCAAUACUUACAGACAGCCCGACACAGCUGAUUUCCUAUUGGAUGGAUAUCCACUCAUCCAGCAAACCUUGCUGAGAUGCA